CCCCUCCUCCCUCAGCCUGGCUUCGUCCAACACAACCCUCCGCGUAGUUCACUUCAUGCGGGGCUGCACCAGGCCCACCUCCGAGACCCGCUAUGCAAGUUGGUCCAACGGGGCCCGACUGGCGAUGAGGAGACGGGACUUUUCCAGUAUGUGCGGGGAUUCGCAGUACCACCCUGCCAUCUCGGACAGGAGGCGUGUUCUUUUGAGUGGACCGUUUCCGUCUCGAGCGAAGAGCGGAUGCGGUUUCCCAACUAUCUGCCGAACGAAGGAGGUCAUCGGCCAGUGCGGCUUCUACUAGAAGGAUGCCUACUCUACCGGCUGCGGUGCAUCAAGGUGUCGCCUGCGAUGAUCCAGUUCGAUCACCUUGCUUGGAGUGUCGCCGAAACUACUUGGCCCAGUGCCAUCUACGUCUUCAUCAACGGGGUCGAGCACUAUGUGCGGCGCAAAGUCCACAACGGUAAGGACCUUGCACUGGACAUCACGGACGGCCUGCGCCAAGGGAUGAACCAGGUCUCGAUUCACCUUCUGCGGAGUCCCGCUGAGCAGCAGGACGUGUUCUACGCUGCCGGAGUGGAGGUGUUGGACGUCGCCAGCCUGGCCUUCGUGAAGCAGCUGGUGCGCACCAUCCCGGCUGCACAGUCUUGCGAGGAGAUCCGGAGGCGCCUCUCAUCCAGCGUUACCGAUGGUGACGACGACCUAGCCGUCGUCAACGAUCAUCUCAGCAUCGACCUGCUGGACCCCUUCAUGGCUCGGAUCUUCAAUGUCCCCGCGCGCGGCAGCGCUUGCACGCAUCGCGAAUGCUUCGAUCUCGACACCUACCUUAUGACUCGAAUGUCGAAAUCCGGCAAGGAUGGGUUAAAGGAAAACUGGAAAUGUCCCAUCUGCAACCUGGACGCCCGCCCGCAGAACCUGAUCAUCGACGGCUUCCUGGCCGCCGUGCACGCUGAGCUACAGCGUACCAACCGCCUAGGCGAGGCCAAGGCCAUCAAAAUCAAGGCCGACGGGUCUUGGGAGUUGCAGCAGCCACGGCAACUUUCAUCAGAACAUCCGGCUUCUUCUUCCUCUUCUUCCUCUUCUUCUUCCGCCGGCGCGAAACGCAAACGCAUGGCUUCCCCGACGACAUAUAAAACAGAGAGCUCCUCCACCAACAAUUCUACAAGAGGGAACUCUUUGGAAACAGCGGUGAUCAUUGAAUUAGAAUGA